AUCGCAACAUCGUCCAUCAUGCCUCCUCCCAAAUCAAAAGGCGGAAAAAUGCUCAGUCUCAUCAACUGGAGACUGAAAGUCACCAUCAACGACGGUCGCGCGUUAACAGGACAGAUGCUCGCUUUCGACAGACAUAUGAACCUAGUCCUAGCAGAUUGCGAGGAGUUCAGACGUGUAAGACCCAAGAAGAAGGCUGGCGAGACAGAGACACCUCCAGAGCAAGAGAUGAAACGUGCACUCGGUCUUGUCAUCUUGCGUGGCGAAACAGUAGUUAGCUUGAGCGUAGAGGGUCCUCCACCGGUUGUAGACGAAGAUAAAAA